UUUACUUUAAUGAUGUUAUCCUUUUUUUCUGAUGGGUAUUUGGGAUUACUUUGCUUUUUUUUUUCAAAACUCAGUUGAAAAUUUCUCUAUCUACAGUGUUAAGUUAAUAAUUCAGAAUUGGUUCACUUCGUGAUUUUGAUGUGGUGCGGUGUAGAUAAACUGUCUUUUAACCAGAAUGGGAGCAUCAGGUGUUGUAGUGAGAGUCAAAUAGUUAAGCUCAAGACUGUAUCGAACUGUAGCUUAAUUGAAGUGAAAGACUUGUUCAGUCUGAUAAUGACAAAACUUGAGUAAGCAAUUGAGAUAUUCUGGGUCCUGAGUCAUAGUAAGACCUUUUUCUUUUCAAGGAAAGUAAGCAGUUUCCUUAAGUUUGGGAAAUGAAGAUGAACUUUGUCAAAUGAUGUUAGGAAAGCUUGCCCAUGAAUGAAGUUUGAACAUUUCUUUGUCUAAUUGUCUAACAAUUUCCCUGUGAAUAAGUCAAGUGGUGCCAUGUCAUUGUAAUACUUUCCAGAUGAUGAUUAAGCUCUUUCUUUUCAUUUGUUUGCUGGAUAACGUAGCGAAGAGACAUGUGAAUAAGGGUUUGGAGAAGUAAUAUGAUUAAAUAUUGAAAAUAUCGCUUACUACAGUGCUUGUUACUCGUUAGGUGCUGAAGAGAGAUCAGCAUCAAUUACUGAGGCAAAUAGUUCCACAGUUCGGGAUCAAGAAACUGCAAGUGAGCUCUCGGAAAAUGGCGACAACUCAGGAAAGGAUCAGGAGGAACUAGAAGGUGGAAACUCCAUGAGCGAGGAGGUGUGAUGAAGUGGUGAACUUCUUGUUUAGAGUGCUUUUUUGACUGAGUGUCGUUCAGCCAGAAUUGAAUUAUAUAUAUAAUCACAAGAUUAUAUAUAUAACCAAUCAGAACGGGCACAAAUUCCUUGCGGGUUGCUCGGAAGUGAACAGCAUAGAAUAUUCGGAGUCUGAAGGGUCAAUCAGAGCGCGCCUUCGACGCUAUCCACUGUUUUAGUGUAUGAUUUAAAGGUAAAUAUCAACUUUUACUCAGGAAAAAUCCGCGCGGAGAUUGUGCAGAAAAAUUGAGGAAGCAAGAGCUCGAGAAGAAUUAGAACGUGGAAAUUUAGACAGGUAAAAUGUUAGUUUGUCACAUAUGGUGUAACUGCUGGAGGAGGGUACUUCUGGCCUUCAAUAGGUUACCGUGGUAUUUAUUGAUAAACGCCGCGGCGUCUUAAAUCUUUUUAGCGUUUCCGAUGCGGCGUUCACUCCAGGAAUGAAACUCACUUUCGUGAUUAAAAGUAUUUUCCAAGAGGUUUGAAUAUCACUAAGUUGUACCUUGCUUGUACUCAUUGCUUCUACCCAGAGUCAGUGAAUAAAUUAAGCUUCCUUCAAGUUCUAACCUGUUCCAGGCGUCUAAUUAGUAAACGGAGCGAUAGCUGCGGAGGAGUAAGAAAACGGGCGAGGCUUGGGUCGGAUAAUGCGAUCCGAUCCACGCCUCCCGUUACCUGGCUUAUCGCGUUAAUCGUUGUCGUGCUCGGUUUUAUUAACUGAACGCCUGGAACAGGGUAGUAUUUUUCGUUUGGGUGCAGUGUUUGUUCGAAAGUUUUCCUCCUUCUGCAGCGCUUAAUAGAGUUAAUAAGGUAUACAUUUGGGUGGAAUGCCUUUUCAAGCUGUGAGGGAUGUAAAAGUUAGGGCUUGAAUCUCAGGGCAGAGUAUUCUGAGCAUCCCCCUUCCCAUUUCCACACCCCCUCCCCCCCAGUCUUUCCUGGUCAACUCUUUAACUUUAAAUUUUUAUUUCUAUAUUCUUUUAGUUUGGUUGUCGUGAGCCGUUUUCAGCCUGGCCCCAUUGUAAUGUCUCUCCUUCCUCGUCUUGCCCCAUCCAGACCCUUUGUGGUUUAUUGUCAGUACAAAGAGGUAAGGUUCUUGCUUUAUCUAACACCAGCCUUAUACUAGCGGAUAUUUUUCCCGGAGUCGUGCACAAUCUGGGAAGUAUUAGGGAGCGGAUUUGUAUUGUGAACGGAGGUGGACAAAUUGGAAAAAGGAACUUCUAGGUUCGGGUGCUUUUCUAGAGAUUCCUCGUUAAGGCAGUUUGUUCACAACAAGAGAAGAUGGUGUUAUUCUAGCGUCGAUGUGAUCACUUAAAAAAAAUUUGCUGUGUUCAUUUUCAGCCUUUGAUGGAGUGUUAUGUAAAUUUGAGGGAGAAAGGUACAGCUAUUAAUAUUCAUCUGUCUGAAACAUGGUGGCGACAUUAUCAGGUAAGAGAGCUUGUGUGUGUUGUUACAAACUAACCUUCCUGCAAAAAAAUAGGCGAAAAUCUGUCACAACGGAACAAGACUGUAGUUCACUUAGUUCGAGGGUGCAUCAGGGGAUACGAAGCUUAUUGUCCACUUAUUCUGAGCCAUAGUGGGAUAAAAUGCGUUUUUAUCCGAUCAUAACGAGCGCACACAGGAAUUAACAAAUGCAAUCCUUUGCAAAUAACCAAAAUUUGAUUCAGCUUUUAAAUUUGUGACAUUUGCCUUCCUCACUUAAAUGAUUUUCCACGUGCUACUGUGUCAAUAACAAUGCUCUCACAAAAUUAUUUAAAUAUUAGAAAAAUAUUCCACGAGCGCGCCCUAUGGGCCUCGUUGGCUAUCUAGCAUCUCAUAUGCAACAAGCGCGAGUGGAAUUAAUAUUUAUUGGAGACGCCCCAAAAUAUAGAUAAAUAUUCCCAACUUAUUUUGUACGAAAAAAAGGAAUGUUACAAUUUACAAAACCACUUCUGGUUUAACUCGCCUUCAUGCGCGCGCGUGAUGUGAUGGCUCAUUACCUAUGAUGACAAAGCUAACGAAAACUCUAGAAUUGCAUUAUCCAAUGAUCCAGUCUCUAAUGACACGGAUUGUGUCUCAAGAAAUUCAAUUCAAUUCAGUUCCAAUUCUUUCAAGACUAUUACAUGCAAUCCGUGUUCAUUUUCUCCAUUCUAUGAUUUUUGUACAUCACAAAAAGCUGUCAUUUAAAGACGUCAAAAGCAGUUUUAUCAUCAACAUUAAUGAACCGCCAAAUAACUUAUCUUAAUUUCUCUCCCCAGGUUCUCCCUGCCCGCACACACCCGGAAAUCAACAUGAAUGGUACAGGAGGGUAUCUUCUGUCCGGGAUAACAGUCGAACCAGACACACCCACCACAGAGACACUACAACAAGCCAAGAAACCUAAACUUGACGAAUGUGGUUGACUAGAAAUAAUAUUGAAUUGACUGUUAAUUACGUCAAUUUUUUUGCCAACGUUAAUUAUUUAAAAGACAAUGAUUUGUUAUUCGUCUUGUCGCACGCAUGAAACAGAGAUAAAACAGGAGUUCCCCUUGCGAUAAUUUAAACCCCAGACCGUUGUAAGAAUUUCGCGUUCCAAGGCUCUACCACUGAUCUUCAUAUAACUCGCUGGUAUUAAGCUACUUGUAGGUUUCUAUAAGACAAGCGUUGUACAUAUCUCAGAUGAAUGACGUCGGAAGUGUUGAGUGUGUGAAUUUCUUGCUCAAUGAAAAAAGAUUUCAUUUAUUUUUUAUGAGCGUGAAAUAAAACGCCCUCGAGACAAAUCAAAACCACUUCCUGAAUUCGAUGAGUGAGGUUCAUAAUUUACCCUCUGUUGAUCUUUUAGAUACCGUUCUUUGCUUUUACAGUUGUGAGUUCUGUGUGAAUCUUUAAAAAUUUAGUCUUAUUCUUCUGGGGUUUUUUAAUAAAGGCCAGUUACCGGCGGUCUAUCGCCGCCUAUUAAAGUACCUACGCCAUCUGUUUAGCCUAUGAGCACUCUUUGAUUCCUAGAGUGCUGGAAGUUUUCGAAGUUCUAGAUGUCAAAUUUUCCCGGGGGAGCAUAUCUCUAAACCCCUUACUCGUGUUAAUCUGUG